AGAAGAUGGCAUAGCAACAGCCGAUCUCAGCAUGUAUUUUGAAACUGUGAUGGUACAUGAUAUGGUUGGCGAUAUUCAGAGUUUUAAGAAGAUAAUCGUUUGUAUCAGAUGCUUGCUUCAGACGUGUCGAUAUGAGAUUCCUUUCUACGCUGAUAAUCACGGCAGUGAAUCGUAUCAUCGUGUUACUGCGGCAUUGCCGAUGAUGUUGAUGAAGCAUCUUUCAUGACAACCCGUGCAAAUGCUUAUUCUCUCUGCAAAUCCUUUCUCGCAAUUGCUCCAACCAUGCAAUUUCAGGAAAGUGUCUUGCACACUCCGAGAUAGUAUUGCAUGUUUGACAUCUAGGCUGUGAUACC